AUGGUGCAGAUAGAGAAUAUGCUGGAUCCGGGAUGGCCAUUUCUCAGACAAGCCGAGGAUCUUCAGCUGAAGGAACAAGCUGCUCGACGUUUUGACAACAAGACUCACACAUGGGUAGCAGAUCCAGUGGAGGGCUUCGUCAUUGCUGCAAUCGCGGUCCAAGAAGGAAACAACUACACACUCACCAUGCCUGAUGGAAGUACGAAGAAAACCACCAAAGACGAAUGUCAAGAGAUCAAUCCGGCUAAAUUCGAGAAAACCGAAGACAUGUCGAAUCUGACAUUUUUAAACGAGGCUUCAGUACUGCACAAUCUUCGGCAACGGUACUACUCUAUGAUGAUCUACGUGAGUAAACAUAAACAAACAAAUAUUUUCCAUUCAUAG